AUGGACUGGGAAACUUCCUCGGCCUCUGGGCCGUCACGGAGCCGUAGCGGGACAUCCGGACCAAGCUUUCUCGACCGCCUGACGGGAGCAGCUAGGAGUAACGGAGGCACACCAGCGCCAGGAUACGGACCGCCGACGAGCGAUUUCGACGCGUACUCGACGUAUGCCGGGACUGAGGCUGGUGACGUCUACAAUGGGCCAGAAGUAUUCACCCAACAGCAACUUUCCCAGUCCGAGGUCGAAGAUGACCUGCGCCUCCUUGAGCGCGCCUGGGUCAAGGAGCGCGGCGUCGCGGACGUGCUCCAGUGGGAGGGCGAGCUUGUUGACAGCGUGUUGGACAAGGUGGAACAGCAGGGCAAGAUGUUGACUCUGCUGAGGGCGGAUCCCUCGACGUCCGAGGAGGAGCACUUCCGCCUCGUGCUGGUUCAGACAGAGAUGGAGCGGGCAAAGUAUGUCGUCCGGUCGUAUGUGAGGGUGCGGUUGCACAAGGUGAGUACCUGUGGCGAACCCUCUCCGCCGACAGCUAACUUGCAGGUGGAGAAGUACGCCAAGCACCUCCUGACGACAUCCUCAAACCUCCUCUCGGGAGCCGAGCGACAGCACGCAGAACGCUACUCGACUCUGAUCGACCAGCACUUCAAGUCGUCCGUGCUCGACUCGCUCCCGCCAUGGCUGCAGGGCACCGAGGACACGGGCAACGAUGGCACGUCGAUGGUGCCCCGGCCUGACGAGAAGGCGCUCGUGCUCGUGUACUGCAACAAGGACUGUGGCGAGAUUGCGCUCGAGAAUGGAGGCAGCGCGGUACUCGCCAAGGGCACGAGCCAUAUUGUGCAGUGGGGAGAGGUCGAGAGAUGGGUUGGGCUCGGAUGGGCCGAGGUGCUCUAG